UUAAAUAAAAAUGGCCACUGCCAUGGAGGACUUUUCUUCAUGGUUAAAUCGCACUUUGGAAGAGUUAAACACGGAUGAAAGUGUCUUCGGCUCUUACAUUCAAGGCAUUUUAGACAGUGAUGAAUCUUACGAAGAAAAAUUUGAGGCAUUACAAGGAAUACUUUCAGAAAUAAUUCAAAAUGAGGAAGAAAUAAAUAAAAUAUGUAACGAAAUCUUGGAGAAAUGGCAGUUUCACAAACGCAAAGAGCCGCCUCCGUCGCAGAGCACGAGUGAUGAUGUUGAUACAAAACUUGUCAAAUUAUUAGAAUCUCAAUCAUUAGCCACCACCAAACAGAAAAAGUACACAGAAGAGGAGAAAAAAAUCCGCGAGGCGAUCUUGUUGCAAUACUCGCAAAUGACUGACGAUGAAGACGAGGCAGAGGAUGGGAAUCAAGCAGGGGACCACAAAGAAAACGGCUUGGAAAAGAACACAAACGUACAGUCGGUUCUUCAUGCAGAGAAAGUUAAAAGAGAACAGGCCAAACUGGACAGUCAGAGAAAGAAGGAAAAGGAUAAGGAAGAUAGAGAAAAACAGAAACAGCUAAGAGAAGAAAAGAAAGAGAAGCGUAAGACUCAAAAAGGGGAGAGAAGAAGGUAGCGACGUUGAAAAUUUAUAGAUUUUUUGUUCUUCCCAUGGUUUUAUUGUGAAUAAAUGUUGAAAUAACUAUUCUAGUAAGACAAAAGCGAGGAAAAUGUAAUUGAAACAAAGUUGAUUUUUACAAUUUUAUGUGGGGAGAUGACUUUAUUUUUUAUAAAAUAAAUCGGCCGGAUUUGAGAGAACCGUUUGUGUGGACUGUAGAGUAUUUUUAAUAAAUUGUAUACUUAAUAAUUAUAAUCCGAAAUUUUCUUACUUUUCCUAAAUGAGACAAAUUGUAUGAUGUAUAAUUGGUUGCAUACAUUACCUCUACCACUGUAU